AUGGCGCAGUGGUCGAUUAACAUAACGGUGGUGACGGAGCCCUACCUUGUUCCCACGAGGAACAACUGGGUGGGCGACGAAGACGACCUGGCGGCAAUUGCGGUGUCUAACGGCGCCGCAAUAAGAAAGUCGCGUAAAGGUCGAGGAGUCGUCGCGGCCCUGUGCGGCGAAGUGAUGGUGGUCGGGGCGUAUUUCUCGCCGAACCGGCCACUAUCCGAGUUCGAGUCGUUCCUCGGGGAGAUGGACUCGGUCCUGGCCUGGUGCCGCCCAUACCAGAUCGUCGUGGCGGGCGAUCUGAACGCCAAGUCCACGGUAUGGGGGUGCCGCGCCACGGAUGCGAGGGGAGAGUUGGUGGAGGAAUGGCUCGCCUCGAACGGGCUGGUCGUCCUGAACGUGGGGGACACGAACACAUGCGUGCGGAUGCAGGGGGGCUCAAUUGUGGACGUGUCCUUCGCUAGCGCGGACCUGGCACGAGGCGUCCGGGAUUGGGAAGUCCUGGAGGGAGUGGAGACGUUGUCGGAUCACCGGUAUAUCCGGUUUGACGUCUCCCCCCUCUCGGGCGGUUCCGGUCCCGGGCGUGUCGUAUCGGAGACUGGCCCGAGGUGGGCACUGAAGAAGCUGGACAGGGAGGCGGCGAUCGAGGCGUCUCUGGUCGCCGGCUGGAACCCAGCACCGGACGUGACGGCGGUAGAGUCCGAGUCGCGGUGGCUCCACGAAGCGGUCACGCACAUUUGUGACGUAGCGAUGCCCCGCGUGGUGCGGCCUCCGACUCGGACGGCGGUGUAUUGGUGCAAGCUCAGGCCCUGGGCCCCACCUCUAACGUCGAGCAUGGACCCUGAGACGCUGGACAGAGUGCUGGAGACCCUGUUCCCCUCGAUGAGGGAGGACUUCGAGGCACCGAGCAUGGUGGUAGCGCCAGCGACGUCAAAUCGUGAUGCGGACGGGGAAGUCCCGGAAGUGGAGGAGAGGGAACUGUGGGCGGCUGUGGCACGGCUUCAGGCCAAAAACACCGCCCCAGGCCCCGACGGGAUCCCCGGACGCAUAUGGGUCCUGGCGCUACGGAACGGAGUGGACAGCAGGUUCCGAGAUCUACUCUCUCGGUGCCUUAAGGACCAUACUUUCCCAGGUGACUGGAAGACGGGGAAACUCGUACUGAUUGGAAAGGCGGGAAGACAGGCAGAUUCGCCCUCGGCGUACCGCCCGAUCGUCUUGCUCGGGGAGGCGGGGAAGCUUUUUGAGCGCGUUAUUGCGACUCGUCUCUCCGAGCAUCUCGACCGAGUAGGGCCGAAUCUGGCAGACUGUCAAUACGGUUUCCGGCGCGGUCGCUCUACCAUCGAUGCUAUUGCACGGGUGAGGGCCGUCGCCGAAGAGGAGGUCUUGACGGGCGGCGUGGUGUUGGCGGUAUCUUUAGAUAUCGCCAACGCUUUUAACACGCUGCCUCACGCUUGUAUAAUGGAGGCCCUGCGGUUUCAUGGGGUCCCAUUAUACUUGCGUGAGACGAUCAAGGCCUACCUAACGGACAGGACAGUGGUAUAUCCCACAACUACCGGAUUUGGACAGAGGAGAGUGUCGUGCGGCGUUCCACAAGGUUCCGUUUUAGGGCCACUAUUGUGGAACGUCGGUUACGACUGGGUCCUGCGUGGCCCGACUCUCGGCGGCGUUAGUGUCGUCUGCUAUGCGGACGACACACUGGUGUUGGCAAGGGGCGGUAACUAUCGGGAAGCGAGUGUGGUAGCUACCGCCGGAGUAGCCCAAAUAGUGGGCAGGAUCCGGAGACUGGGCCUGACGGUGGCCUUGGAAAAAUCCGAGGCCCUGUGUUUCCACAGGCCUCGCCGAGCGCCACCGCCAAACGCCCACUUGAUU